AAAACUAUUUAUCAUAACAGUUUAUUAUAAUAAGGAUAUAAAAAGAAAUGCCAUCUACCCCAAAGAUGUAACAUGUUGCCCACAUAUAAUCUGGUUUUCUUAGUGGGUUUGCAAGUUGGUUUUGUGAUGGGCUGACUUAACCCUUGCUUCCUGUUUGGGUGAAACAUAUUCAUGCACUUAUUUCCCCACUCUACUGCUAAUGCACCAAUAGCAUCAUGUUUUACUGCUUUUUGGCUGGUUUUCUAUGUAGUGGGGAGAUAUAUUGGUGACAAAUCGUUAUGUUUAUUAUCCAUAAAGUAAAAUAAAUAAGUUGCACUCUAGCUAAUAAUUUUAAAGGUAUUUCAUUGUGUUAACUUCUGUUAUAGAGAAAUGAAUAUAUUUGUGUUUGCUCUCUGUCUUCACUUCGACUGAGAUGAUAUAAACCAUUAGUUUAUUAAAUCCUUAGUUAAUUCAUUGUAUUUAUUAAAUAAAAACUCGAUCCCAUUGGUAAAAGGUUUUGGGCCAUAUGUACAUAAGGGGUUAUCAUCUAGAUGGUUGUUUUCUCCUUGCUAAUUCCACAGAUAUUCAUAAACUAAGAAUAUGGAAUCACUUCGCAUUUUUAAGAAGGUUAAUGUGGUCCGGUUUGUUUAUUCCUCCUCCUUAUCAAAGGUUUGGAUGAGUUGACCUAGAUUGUAUAAAUUGAAGCUCUCUAAAAUAAGUUCUGAAUAGUGUUGAAUCGAUGUCCUCCCAAGAAAAUAACUCGUUAUUGUUGCUCGUUAAUUAAUCUUAGUUUUGUAGUUUGCAAGGAACCAAGUUCAUCCCGAGCAAUGUUUGUGAUACCGUACGAUUUCACCUCAUUGUAACGGUUAAAUCGCUCAUGCGAUCAAGUCAGUCUAUAAUUCAAUCACUCUAUCAUAACUUAAAUCGUUACUUUCACGUCCAAUUCAAUCUUUCAUACAGUUUUACAAUCCAGUUGAAUCUUUGUUACGGUUUCACAAUCCACGUUCGCAACCCUGCCCGACCUCACCAUUGCCCAACAACACACACAUAUAUACUUAGUGGUCCAUAACCUCCUAACGUAGUUGCUCUAGUUACCAUCAAACACAAACAAAACCUAACUGCCAAAAAAAAAACUGAUUUCCUCUGUCACCCACACCUAUAAAUCUUUUUCAAGGGACAAGAUGGCGGCAAUCAGUGCAUUCCAAAUCGCCAUAAUUAUCACGAAAUCUAUCCCACAAAAGGUCCUCCUGAUCAUAUAAAAAAAAAAACACAAACACACACACGGCCACAUAUCUUCCCCUCCCCACCACCAAUAGUAUAGCAAUUUUACCCACUAAACCACACUCCCUCCAUUGAUGUAACACUUGAGUCACAUUAGCUAGCUCAGUUAUAAGUAACUUACAUUUCCCUUUCUCUCUCUCUCUCUCUCUCUCUCUCUCUCUCUCUCUCUCUCUCUCUUAUCUCUCUUGGCUGCGGCUUCCAACCCAGCAAAAGGCUGGCACUCAUAAACUCCGACGUACGUCCGUCCUCCACAUCUCCAACUGGUUUGCACUUCCCCCCGGCCGCCAGCUAGCCGCCUCUCCGAUUCCCCCUCCCCGUUCCAUAUAAAAUGGCGGAUCCCUUCCUUCCAUUCCUCCUCACCAACUCAAUCCAACAACUAAUAACCGCUCAACCAUGCAGCCGAGUCAUCAGCAGAAGGCCGCGGGGUCGUCGUCGGGCCGGGCCUACCGGGGAGUGAGGAGGAGGAGCAGCGGGAAAUGGGUCUCCGAGAUUCGCGAGCCCAAGAAGCCCAACAGGAUAUGGCUCGGCACUUUCCCUACCCCCGAGAUGGCCGCCGUGGCCUACGACGUGGCCGCACUCGCCCUAAAGGGAAAGGACGCGGAGGUCAACUUCCCCAACUCCUCGGGGUCGCUGCCCGUCCCCGCCUCCACUUCCCCGAGGGACAUUCAGGCGGCGGCAGCUUCUGCUGCCGCCGCGAUAGGUGCCGCUAGGGAUGCCAUGCGCAUUCCUAGCAGGACUGGCGGUGGCGGUGGAAGCAAUGAUCAAGCAGCGUCAAUGCAAGGUAAUUUUGAUACUGAUGAUCAGAGCGAGCGAGAGAGGCUGGCGAUGGCGUCGACGAACUACGGGUCGUUUGUGGAUGAGGAUUUGAUAUUCGACAUGCCGAAUGUUCUGAGGAAUAUGGCGGAAGGGAUGAUGCUCAGCCCUCCUCGCCUUGGUGGCGGGGAUGAUGAUUACGAUUAUGCUCCCGACGGUGAUGAUGAUACUUCCGGAGAUCACAAUCUUUGGAGGUUUAAUUGAUAACCUUAAACGGGGGAAACAAUGAAUGAGUCGAAAUGCUGCAUGUAUCAGAGUUUGUUUGUUUUUUUAACGUAUGAUAUCUAUUAUAGGAACAAAUAAGUACUGGCAUUUAAAAAUAAGUUGUGGCAGCGUGCUAUCGUGUUGUCUUUGCGUGUGAUUAGAAUAAUCGUCGUUGUACAUAUAUACGUAUGUAAAUAUGUGUCAGUGGGUCCAUAUCGAAAUGUUAGUUUGGAUUUGGACUAUUGUGAUGGUGUGUUUACUAAGUUGUGCAUGCUCUUUGUGCCCUAGCUUUGUGUGCUCUGCAUAUGUAUCGAAAUUUAUAACUAGCUAGCAAGCUAGGGUUUUGACAUUACAGAAGCUCAAUAUUUUAAUCAAUGAAGGGGGCUUUUUCCCUGCCCACCGUGUUAUAUUAGUUAAUGAAAGAAUUGAGAAUGAUCAUAUGGCUAUAUAGGGAAACUGGACGGGAUUCUUGUGUUAAUAUAUUGGAGUUUAGUAUUGACAUGUAUACUCAGAAGGGAAAGGCUUUAUGAUCACUAAUAAUGGCAGACAGUGAACCCUUAGGAAGCGGGGCUGAUGAUGACCAUUAAUUAACUUCCACUUUACUGAAACUAACUCUUCCCCCAACUACCAACACUCAUGCUUACACAGAUUAUCGAGAUCAAUUGGUUUAUAAGUUCAUUUGUUUAAACUCUCACAUCCAAUAUUAACAAUUUAUGUAAAGCACGUGAUCUUAUUGACCUAUGCAAACUUUAAACUUGGCAUUCGUUUGAAAAAUGGUGUCAGGAACUUGUUAAUAUCGAUUCAUACAUGGACACUAUCCAAUAAAUCGAGUAGUUAUUGAGACCAAAAUUACAAUCCUAUAUAAUGUAAAUUUCUAGCUAAAACAAUUUUCCCAAGCUUAAUCUAGUGGUUUAAAUAAAUAAAUAUAACUAACCAUCUCUUGAUGACUUAUAUAACCGAAAAUAACUUCCAUAGUCAUUGUAUAUAGGAGCGUUGGGUACAAGCAAUUAGACUAUUAUAAUGGUACCGAAUGCCCGAUGGAUCAGCGAUCAUUAGUCAAUAACAAUGAUUUAGGUUUUGAUUUCUAUACAAGUAGGAGAGAAAGAAAAAAAAAAGUGAAAUGGAUAACACAUCUCUCACAUUCAUCCUAGUUGUGGCAUAUAUAGUAUUAGUCAUGAUGAUAUGUUUUCAUUACAUGAGAAAAGAGGUGUCAAGCAGGCACACGGUGACUUCUUAGGGAAGUCGCACCUAAUUAAGGGUAAAUACAAUAUAUUAGCAACAACUAUUGUGAAGCGGGGAAUUAUAGCCACAACUAUGAAAAUUCAAAUUAUUAGCCAUAACUAUUGUUGCGGGUCAAAAUAUGGCUAACUGUCCGUUACUGUUAUUGAAUUUUUAAGGGAGAAGGCCACGUCAUCGGCCACAUCAGAAUGCUUUUAAUUUAUAACUUUAAAACAUAAAAGUUUAGUCAGUAUUACUAACGAAAUUGUUAACAGAUAGUUAACGUUUGGCUAAUAAUUUGAAUUUCCAUAGUUGUUGCUAUAAUUCCCGGCUUCUUAAUAGUUGUGGCUAAUAUAUUGUAUUUACCCUUAAAUUAAUUAAUUAACAAAAGAGGAAGAAAGUUGGUUCCCAGUC